AUGUUUAGCAAUUGGGCCAGGCGGUGUGGAACCAUUAACAGUUUUUCGAACUUCAUCCGGUCGACGGCCGGCGGCGAGGCGCCGGCCCCCGCUGCCGGCUCGGCAAACGAGAUCGGUGACCUCCGAGUGAGAUUCUCCUACUCAUUUCAAUCUUGAAAUACCAUGUUUCGGUAGUUUUCAAAAGGCAGUAAUUUUUUUAGAGAAAUUACUUGCAAAAAUAAACCUUUAAAGAAAUUUUAUAAAGAUUUUUUUCUAAAAAAAUCUUUGACGAGUUUUAUAUAUUGCCUUCAAAGAGUAUAGUAGAAACAUGGAACAAGGGAGGAAAAAUAAAUAUGAAAAGAGAAAUUUAAAAGAAAUAAAAAACUAGAAAUGGAAGAAUAAAAUGACGCAACAAAACCAAAAAUUAUUUGUUUUUCAGAAGCAGCUGAAGGAUAAAACGACCGAAGUCGAGCAGCUCAAGAAAGAAAAGUGAGUUCUUGAUUCGUGUUUGACCCGAUAUAGGAUCCUUAGAAAAAAAAGAAACUGAAUGAGAAAAUGUCGACUUUCUCCCUGAGAGAAGAGUUUUACAGCUCAAGGUGGGCAUAAUAUCGUGACUCGAAUUUAUUAAUGUCUUAUUUGGAGUCGCGAAACACUCCGGAGUGGUAAGAGUGCCGGAAACCGGAUGCGAAUGCAUUACGCACGGGAUUCUGAUAAAUUUAUGGCAUUUCGGAAGAUUCGAGAUGUGUGAGAUAUUUGUGGAGGACAGAAAGUUGAAGAUUUUAAUGGAUAUGACGGCAGAUUUAUUCUCGAAUUUCAUAGUUUUUGAUUUGAUAUAAUUCUUCUUUUUAUUAAAAAAAAAAAAUCAAAACGGAAUUUGAAUUGUCUUUGUAGUCAUUUGGAUUCGUGAAAUUGAUUUUUUUUUUUCGACAAGUUUAAGAGGCUCUUCAUAAUGAUUAUUCGAUGAAAGUUUGGCUUUUUUACGUCAUUUUGAAGGGGUCUCUCUAAAAAUCUGGUAUUCUACCGUAAAGACUUCUUUAAAGCGAAUAGAGUUUGUUUAAGGAAGAAUUGAAAAUAUGGUGAAAAUCAGAAAAAGGAAAUGAAAACAAUGUAAUUUACCAAUCUAUUGAGAGAAUUUUCGAAAGUUCGUUUUGAUUUCAAAAAUUUGCAAAAAAUUUGACCAAGAGGAAAUUUUGCACAAUUUCUGAGAGAAAUCAGGAAAAUAAUUGAAAAUCUGACGUCGAAUAAAGUGUGAGGGAGUUUUCAUCUGAUUUCAACUCUGCCUAAAACAACAAUAAAGGAUGAUAAUGGACUACGAAGCUGUUCUCAGGGUCCAAUGGCAGUCAAAACAGCCGGCCGACGUUCAGUCGCUCAACGCCGAGAAACAGGAACUCCGGAAGCAGCUCGAGCGGGAGCAAAACGAGAAGCACGAACUCUUCAUGCAGGUCUCUUUUUUUCUUCACUUUUACAGGGAUUGUUCCAUAAAGCCUCCAGUACCAGCCACUUGAAAAAAAUUCCGUUUACCAUAGUUUUUGACGAAAAAAUGGACUUGAUGUCGCUCUUUCUAUUCUCUGUGCUAACUCAAUACCAUAUUUUAGCCUAAAAGGUUAUUUUGAAGAUCAACACGAUGAUCGCGCAGCUGGCAGAAGCUGGAGAUUCCCAAGAAACGGAAAGGUUGCGCAGCGAUCUGAACGCAGCACGCAGGGAGCUCGACAGUCUUAAGGUUUUUGAUUAUUUUCUUCACUUUUCAUUUAUUCUCGCCGGUUUUAGACGAUUUUUUAACUUUUCUUAUCUCAUUUAAAUACGGUAUCGCUGUUCGUUUUGUUCUAGUAUUUAUAGGCACUAUCGGUUAUAAAUUUAUAUCGUAUAAAGUGUAUUGGGGGUUCAAUUUUUAGGGCCUUUUUUUAUUUGAAAGGUUGUUAGGUGUUCUGAAUUUUCGAUUUUGCACGUUUGUCAUUUUAGAUAUUUAAAAAAAUGUUCCUGCAGAGGAAUUUCAAUAUCGUCCUGAUUAUCGUAACAAUUUUAAAAAUCUAAGAAAAAAACAACCGCCUAAUUUUAUUUACCUUUUUUUCAGAACUCUUCAUCAUCCGAUCGUUCAAGGCUUGCCAAUGAACUUCAAGAUGCGAAAAGAGAGAUUGAGGUAAAUCCAAGAUUUAUAUAUUUCUUCUUAUGAAGAAGCUUUUCUGAAAUGAUUCCGCAAAUUUUUCGUUUCACAGCGCUUUUUGAGGAACAAAAUCUAUUUUGAACCCGGUUCCGCUUGCAGAUAGUCAGAAGGACGGGCGAGCAGGACGUCGCCAAACUCGAGGCCGAACUCGACGAGAAACAACGACAACUCGACAUCAAAAACGCCUCCUUGCAGUCCUUGAUGCUCGCUAAACAAGUCUGUUCCGACUAAUAUGAUGGAAAGUAUCUUUUCCAUUCAGGACACUGGAAAAUUAGACAAGCUCGUGGAGGAGAAUGACAGGAUAACGCGGGAACUCGACGAAAUGCGCUUGAAAUGGACCCGUGCCACUGGCGAACUCGUCGAACAUCAGUCCGAAAUCGGACGUCUUCGAAAGUUUGUCUUUUUGCGGGAAUUUUUUCAAGUUAUCAUAGACAAUCGUAUCAUACUUAAAAAACGAGAAACUGGAGAGAGUGAAGCGUUGCGUACGCGAAGCGGCUUUAUGGUGGGAAACUCGUGGUCAAACGGGAGCCGUCUUCUUCAUGUUUUUAUGCUUUUUUGACAGUUUGCCAAUUUAUUUCAACUUUUUAUAGUUUCCAAAUAAUUUAUUCGAACAAAUAAAAGUAUAAAAAGGAUGAAAAUAUUUUUUUUCCCCCACAUUUUCACGUGAUUUCGUUUGGCCCGAGUUUCUUGCCAAAAGCCGCGUCGCACACGCAACGCUUCAUCCUUGCCAAUCAACCCAUCUCGCCUUUCAAGACGGCAAAAUUUGACUAUUUAUACUCAAAAAAUGAUUCAAAAUGAUCGUUUCCAGCUCCCAAAGCAUUCACGACGUCUCAAAAACGCAACUGGAAGAUCUUCAGAGCAAACUUCAGAACGUGGAAAGACGUCUGCAGGAUGAACAAGGCCAGAAAGAUCGACUCAAGGUUUUUUUUCGGUCUAAAUUAGUUUCAAAAAAAAAUUUUCCAGGCUCAAGUAGAAGAACUGAAGUCGACGUUGUCAUCAUCAGAAGAGAGUCUGUCCCGUCUAAAGGACAAAAUCGCCAAGUUCGAACAGGACGCCAUUCGGCUUCAACAGGAAAAUGACCGUCUUGAACAGGUUUUUUUUGAAGUAAAAAAAAAUUAAUUUGUUCAUUAGCUAAUUAUUUUUCAAAAACUUGAUAGUCUAGAAUAUAUAUUUUGGAGAAUUACUGACGAUUUCGAGCGACAGGGUCAACACUACUUUCCGGAUUCUGACUGUUUUUAAAACCUAUAUUCAAUUUUUCAAUGUUUCGAUUAUCAUACUCGAAUAUUGGUUGAAAUAAAUAUAUUCAAAUGUGAAAAUCUAUUUUCAUAAUUUAAGGAACAAAGAUCGGACGGCGACAAAUUGAUGCGCGAAAGAGUCGAGUUGGAGUCUUCGGCCAGACAUUUGGAGCAGAAAAUCGACAUUUUGGACGCUACUCUUCGUGAAAAAGACGAGAAGAUUGAUGUUCGUUUAUUUGUGACCGUUCAAAUAAUCUGAAGAUAAACUGAAAAAAAUGAUAUAAAAGGAGAGAAAUAUACUGUUCAAAAAGUUCAAAUAGGUAUGAGGAGUUUUAAAUUUUCAUAAUAAUUUCCAGAGAACUAAAGUGAAGCUUCUCUCAGCGGAAUCGCGAGCUCAACAGGCGGAGGCCGAUCUUCAGGUCCAACAAAAACUGUAAUCCACAAAAAAUAAAUAGCUUUUAGGUGAUGGAAUCUCGAGCCAGAGCUUCUGAAAGAAGGGAACAGCAACUGUCGGAUCAGCUAUCUGCUCAGGGAGAUUCUAACGCUCAGGUUAUUGGAAAAUAAUCAUCCAGAAUGAAUCUGCGGUUUCAGGUUGAGAUGCUCCGAUCGGAACUCGCGAGAUCCGAAGAACGACAUCAGCAACUGCAGUCCAAGUUACAGAGGACGGAGGCUUCCUUGAAGGUAGUUCACAAUGGAAAAUCCACCAGAAACAAGUGGAUAUAGGAGUACGAAGUGGAAAGCAGAAGACGUGCGGAUUCGAUGGAGUCGUCGGCGGAAGAAAGUCGACGUCUUCACGAGAUGCUCGAAGAGCUCCGACGGGAGAAGACCGACGCCGUCGCUGCCGUCCAGAUGAACAUGUCUGUCUAAAUUUAUUUUUCGAAAACUUUCUUCUGUUUAAUGCUAGAUUGUUUUUUAUUUCGGGCUAAUGAGAAGUGCAGGAAGAAGCCAUAACAGAGAUUUUAAAAGUUCAUUCAUGAAUUUCUGAUUUUUCCCAGACAACAUCAGAAUCAAAACUUACCUCAAGCUUUUCAACGUAGGUCGUUUUAGAGGCUAAUAGCGCAGAUAAGGUCUUUUUAGUCCUACAUAUUAAUCUUGGCAACUGAUCCUUUUCAAAAAAAUAUGAGGUUAUUUCAGCCACUCCUUGGAGGCCGAGCUGAAACUGUCCCAGCGCAGGAUUUCUGAGCAAGAGGAAGCCUACAGAAAACUGGAGUCUGAGCUGGCAAAUGUGACCGUUGAGAAGAGAAAGUUGGAGUCUAAGGUCGGGUCAGAAAAGUCUGAAAGCUCUGAGAAAUUCAUUUCAGGCUUCUGUUGCCGAUGAAAUCAACACGUUGAUGUUCUCAUUGAACUCUGUCCGCUCAGAAAAUAGGUAGAUUUUUUUUUUCAUAUUUUUGUUGUAGAUUUAGGAGAGAGUUUGAAGCUGAUUUUCAGAUGAAAAAAAUUUUCUGAAAAGUAGACAGAAAAUUUGUUUCCAGCCAGUACCAAGAGGAGAUCAGCAACCUGGAGAAGGAGCUCCGAGAGACGCGAGACGAGCUGUACCACCAGCAGGACGAAUGCAGCCGCUGGAAGACCCGGGCUGAACAAGCCGAGACCGAACAAAGCCAUCAGACGGAGAGGAUCUCCCUGCUGACGUCAUCUCAGGAGAGCAGUCAGGAACGUCUUCAGUCCGAGAACCACAAACUAGAGGAACAGCUCCAGAAGUUGCAGCACGAGAAGGAAGAGUUGAGAAGAGAGCUGACGAAUUCCAUAGCUAAAAUCAAGGUAUUCGAGUGGGAAAAAUGUACUUUGAACUCAUCUCUCCAAUUCCUAAUUUAGUAUUCUUUCAACAGUUUGAAAAAAAAACACGAGUAAUCCAUCAUUUUGAGGGCUGUUAAUACUCAGUUCCUCCUGAGUUUCAAUUACUUUCAAUAUCUUGAUGAAAUAUUUCAGGAGUAGGUCGUUUUUCGGACAUUUUUUCAUAGAAAUACGGAUAAAGUCUCUCAAAUACUCCAAUUGUCCGUUGCACAUUUCAUUUCUUCUUUUCAGGCUGAACAUGCCGAGUCUUCGAUCACCGUAGAGAGACGAGCUAAAGAUGCCGAAGAACGAUGUCAGGUCUUACAAAGGGAAAACGAGGCCACAAAGUUGAGGCUCCAGCAAUUAGAAGGUAAAAAAGCAUGCUGGAAGUCAACAUGAAGAUGUUUCUCAGAAGAUCAACUCCGGUCCAUCGGCUCGCAAGACGACUUGAAAGAGCGGCUGUUGGGUGAAACUCGCGUCCAAAAAGAUCGGGUACAUAUUUCAGAGAAACAGAAUCAAAGCAUAUAUAUGUGGAAUACUUUCUGCAUGAAUCCGCAUGACUUGUAUUGUCCGAAAAAAGAAAUUGAAAAUAAAAGCGAGGGAAAAACUGUGGUUUUCUUUAAAUGGGUUCUUGGACUUUUCAACUGCAGGCCGAAGCGCUCGCCGUGCAACUUGAAUCUCAAACUUCCAACCUAUCCAAAGUGACUGGUGAACUGGAACGCGAAAGACUCAACUCUCAAGAUCUGGAUCGGCACCUCAAACAGCUCCAGAAGGUAGAGAAAGAUCCUCCACCACCUCACUCCCUGCAAAUUGCGGCCUUCUGGCACCCUAUCUUCGGAUCUUUUCUUCGCUUAAUCCCAGCUUACUUCUCUCUUUCUAUCCAUCUCAUACUACUUACACGAUGAAUGAUCGGUUGAAGAAGCCCGCAAGUUGCAGGAGUACGACGAGAUCCGCGAGGCUCUCAACGCGUCCGAGCAGCAGGCCGAGCGUAUGCGUGAGGCUGAGCACUUCUCCCAGAUGAUUCGGCAGCAGCUCGAGGAGCUCGAGGCGGAGCACCGCAAGGAGCUGCAGAAAGUCCACGCCCAGCACCAGGUUGAGGUCGAGGCUCUUCGAAGUGAACGACUACGCGAGGUGGAGAAACACCAAAGAGCCGCGUCGGAGCUUCAGCAGCACAAGGACAUCUUGGACCAGAAAAGUGCAGAGCUCGGCGAGUUGAUCAGCGGAAAAGAACGUGAAUCAAUUGAGGCCAAACGAGAAAUAGAGCAACUUCAUUUGCGAAUUAAUCAAUCGCAGUCGGAGCAGAAACAUGUCGGCUCUGCUCUCCAGGAGCAAGAACAUCUUGCUUUCAAGCAUCAAGAAGAGAAGGAGCGUCUGCAACGAGAAGUAGAAGACUUGAGGGAGCAGGUUCGAAAGACAGAAUCAGAACGGAAGUCGCUUGAAGACGUAUUUGAAGAACAUCAGGAGGCUUUGAUCAAGAACCGCGCCGAAACAGACGAGUUGGCAGAAAUCGUCCGAGAAAAAGAGAUGGCUCUAUCCAAGUUAGAAGAAGAGAGAAUUAAGGCGGUCAGAGAAGCAGAAGAGUUGAAGUCCCAGCUGAGCAAGUCGUUGGUCAACGCCAAUGAAGAACAUCAGAAGAUCUUGAGCGAGAAGUCAGUAGCUUUGAAAGAGAUGACCACGCGAAUCCGUCACCUGGAAAAGGCUUUGGAAGAUAGUGAGAGGUCGAAACUUUCGGCUGUUUCGGAAGCUGAAGGGGCAAGAGAGCAAAUCGAUAAAAUGAGGUUCAACCAAUCUGCAGUGGAUGACGUCAUUCAAGGCCAAGAGAGGCAGAACAUGAAGCAUCAAGAAGAGGCGGCUCAAUUGAGAAGAGAACUCGCUGACCUUCGUGAAAAACUGCAGAAAGUGGAGACAGAAAAAAAUUCGAUUGAGCAUAUCUUCGAAGAACAUCAGCAAGAGUUGGUGAAGAAUCGACUGGAGACAGAUUCCUUAAUUGAAAAGAUGCACAAGAGUGAACAAGCCUUGGAAAGGAGUGAGAAAGAGAAGAGCGAGGUUCAAAAGGAAGUCGAGGAGCUCAAGCAGCUGUUGGCGACUCUUCGAUCAGAAAAAGGCGUUAUCGACGAUGUUUUGCAAGAGCAAGACCGACUCACUGCCCGGCAUAACGAGGAAAAGCAAGUCAUUUCUCGGCAACUGGACGAACUCCGAAAAGAGCUCGAAAACUCCAGGUCUGAGUACAAAUCGCUGGAGAACGUGAUGGAAGAACACCAGAAGAGCAUGAUGAACAGUCGACUCGAAAUAGAUGAAUAUUUGGAGACGAUUAAACUGAAAGAAGAGACAAUGGAAACGCUGGAAGCUGAAAAGAACAAGUCAGAAAAAGAAGUCGAAGUUUUGAAAGGACAUCUUGACACUAUCCGUUCUAAUCAAGCGACCAUCGACGAUGCACUUUUGGAGCAGAACAGACUUGUCGAAGAACAUCUGAAGGAGAAGGAGAAGUGGCAGCGGGAGUUGAAGGAGCUCGCCGAGCAGAAGAAAGCUUUGGAGCUGAACGGGGAAGAUGCAGAAGUCGAGAAAGAACAGGCAAAGAAAAAGGUUGGAAAGUUAGAUAUAGCUGACACGCAUGUGUAUAAAUUAACGACGUCUGUGUCUGAAUAGCAUGAUUGACGUGAAAAAGCCAAUACAAAACGAAACUUUCAGCUAGGAGAUCUAGAAUCAAAGUUGACGUCGGCGAACAAGAGCAACGAGUCGCUGCUCAAUCAAGUGCAGGAGAUGACGCGUUUUCUGGAGUCGGAGGCACGGCGAGUGGAAGAAAUCGCCAAGGAGAAGAAGAGGUGGCAGGAGGAGAGCGAACGGCUCGAGGCUGCUCUCGAGAACGCGAAAACCGGCGGCGGUCGGGACUCGGAACGGGUAGGUUUCGAUUAAAAAGUGAAGGCAAUCAUGCCAAGAAUGAGAAAUUUGAAGAAAAAACCCUGAUUUCGAGUAGUUAAAACCAGAAGUUAAAACAAAAAACGAAAUUUUUCGGAUCAUAUCAUAUUUUUUAACAGUAUUAGGAGUACUAGACCAAGAUUUCGCCCUCUUUCAGGCCAAGGAACUGGUGGCUGAAAACGCGAGGCUCGCCGGAGAACUGCUCAAGUCUCAUUCGCAAGCAGAACGAUCGGUUGCAGCUGAACGAGAGCAAGUUGCCCGGCAGUUCGAGGAGAAACUCAAAAAGUGCGUUUUGAAGUCGAUAAUCAAAAAAUUUCUUUUUCACGUCUGAGUAGCAUCCAAAGUCGAAUUCACAUCACUAGUACUCACAAAAAAACAAUAACAAUAACCAAAACUUCAGCGCGAAUGCGGAAAGAACACGCUUGGCGAGCGAUUUGCAAGCCGCACAGGCCAAGCAAAAAGUCCUCGAAAUGCGGAUAGAAGACCAAAAAGCGUCAUUGGAGUCCGCUGAGAAACGGUAUUCAUUUUAUCUUCCUCAGCUCUAAUUUUCAGUUUUCCCCUUUGCUCUGUUGAUUUGAUUGGUUGCUGUUCCUUUUUUGCAUGUUUCCUGAAUUUCCAGAAGACGUGACGAAUCCCGGGAAAUUGAGUCGCUGCGCGAUGAGAGGACGAGACUGAAGAUUGAAGUCGAGAAGUUCGUGGUUUUGUGUUUUUUUGCAGUGUAUUUGGUUUCUUUUAGUUACAAAGCUGAUUUAUAGCUUUUCCUUUAACUGUUUGGAUUGAACAUAAUUGUGAACAUAAUCGUGUGAUUUUUCAGCGAACUAGCAAAUCUUGUAGGAGAGACUAACAAAAAUUGACUUCCAAAUUAUCAAUUGUGUUCAGAACUUGUCGCAGAAGAUAUGCAGAUCACUAAUUGGUUGAAUUAAAGAUUUGCGUGACCCUUGAAAACAAAAAUAGACUUUUGAGAUGAGCUAACGACUUUAUAACACUCUGAGCAAGAAAAAACAAACAAAUUUUCAAGGUGUUUGUUAAAACAACUCCCUUAAUUCACAAGCAUUUCGGGACUCUUCCUGUUCUGAAUUUUCAAACUGUUCCUUAAUUGCUUUAAUCUCAGCAAUCAUAUUCAGAACUUAUUUUUCAUUUGUAACUGCGAAAAUAAUCCUUAUAAACACUUCGAAACCUAUACCAUCUUUCAAUAAGUAAAGUCUCACAAAAAAGUUCAGACUUCACGCGAAUGGGCCGAUCGCGCCGCCACGGUCAACAAGGACCAUCUCCAACAUGAGUUCCAUCACCAACUUCACUCAGAACGACUUCAGCGACGUCGAAGACGUUACGCGGUUGCGCGACGAAAUCAACAAGUUUGUUUCCUUUUUCUUAUUGGUUAAAUGCAUUGAUAAAAUUAAUAAGGAUUAUCAGAGCUUUCAACUUUGGAUCGUGCUGCCGAAUAAGAAACUUUUAGAAGAAAAAGAUCGUAAUCUUAACGAAAAUCCGGAAAAAAAAACCGUUCAUAAGAAAGCCAUUCGAAAUAAAACAGAAAUUCAAGAUAUUAAGUCAGGGAAUUUGAGUUUUGUUGUAUAAAUCGAGGAAAAGUUCAAUUCUGCUUCAAAAUUUGAAGCUCUAACGUCAUGAAAAGCAUUUAAAUUCAAAUCAUUCUUUCUUUUCGGAAAAAAAAUGGAUUUUUCAAAGUAGGCACCCAAAAGUGCUGAUUUUUUUUCAAAAAAAAAACUGUUCUCAUUUUGUCAACCCAUUAAAAAACCAGUCACUCCAACCAAGAAUCCAUGGUCCUUCACACUAUUUGCCGGAAAACGCGUCACAAUUUCCUUCCUCCCAUUUUUGGCACCCACCUGUGCUACAAAAGUUGUCCUUCCCGUGGAGUUUGUUUGUCGACAACCCAAGUUUUGGGCUCUCGAGACGAGUGUCCUUAAUUAAUGGGACGGCUCCCGAUGACUCGACGACCGUGGAGCACCCUCGUGUUUCUCAGGUCAAAACUCGACGAAAGGCUCCCAAAGUGAUCACUUAGUGCUGUUGUACUGCGCGAAUUUUUGAGAAAUGAACCAGAACUUGGACGGAGUAUGAAAAACAGACAUAAGGUGAAUAAUAGGUUUUUCCAUGGUUUUUCUUCUGCCAUCAAUUUUUUGUUCUGACCUUCGAGGAAUUUUUGGGUUUAUUAGUUUUUAUUGAAGCCAAUCGAAAAAUACUUCGACAAGGAAUUUUUUCAUUUCAAGUAUGUUUUUAGGCUUGAAGUCAAAAGUCAUUCUAGAAUUCGAUGGAUUUUGUUUAUUAUUCCUGACUUUUUUUAACGUCUCCAUGAAAUAUAUUUAUUUUAUUUUUUUAAUUUCACUAGGAGUUUUAUCUAUUAAUGUGUCCUCCCCUAGUUCAAACGCAAAAACACUUUGAUUGUGAAUGAAAUGAUAGAAUCUGUCUUGGAUAAAAAUAUUUUCUCAUCUAUUGGCUAAUUCGAAAGUCUUUUUCAUUAGUAUCCCUUUAAGCGCUGAAACUUUCAGCUUAAUGAAUACCGAAAAGAAGUCGACAACUUUUAUCAAAGGCAUGCUUUUCUUCAGUAGGUUAUGAUGAAGUUUUUUUUCACAAAAUCAGCGAGUUUUCAAAGAAAAACUUUGCCACACGGGAAGUUUAGUUCCAACCUUGAAGCUGCAUGUUGGAGAGACAAGUUGAAGUUUAUUUUAUUCAUACCACACCUGAUUUUUUUAAGUAUUUGUGUCUGCACCUUUAUUUGGGCUGUUAACCGAACCCUUGAAACAUAAAACCAUCCGUACAAACAAGCCGUUUUGAUGGCGGCCGAUGUGUCAUGGCCGCUUCAUUCGUCUUGUCCCUUUCCUCUUGACCCAUCAAAUUUUCCUUUUGUUGUUUUCCGAUCAUUAUCAGGUUACCAGUUUUGAAGAUUGUGUGGCUUUUUAAAAAAAAACGGUAACGGCCUUACGGAAUUUUUCGCAUCACAAAAUAAAGGGACAUUUAAAUGUUUGAGAGUGACUUACAAUUUUGAAAUGAAAGCUGCCUUCAAUCGAAAAUCUUUUCACUGUGAAAUCAAAACGAAGAGUUUAUCAUUUUGUUAUAAGACUUAUAGUGCCCUCAAGUCGAUCAGAAAGUUUCGAAGAACGUUAGAAUAGCGGCCCGACACCCACUUGCCAUUAGCGCAUUACAUUAGGCGGUGGUCGGAUAAUCCUUCGUUUGAAAGAGCCGACGGUUACGUCACGCGCUUCUGAAUCCACAGGCUCUUGAGAAAAGUUGGACGAAGAAGGCCCGACACAGAGUUGCUCAAUCCCAUUCGCAAACUUUCUCCAUAUUCCGCUUCUUAAUUUUGCUCUGAUUCCAGACAAAAGCGGCUGAUCAUCGUCCUCCGACGGAAGCUCCAAGGCCUUCAGCAGCAACAAUAA